AUGCCUGGUUGGCGGUGGGCGCUGGUCCCUCGCAGGGCUGCCACCGCCCGUGCCCGGAGCGGAUGCCAGACGGUGGAACCGCGUUGUCCCCCAGCAGGGAAGGCCACGGGAUCGGGAUUCGGGAGAUCCGGGCUCCGCCUGCGAGCCUCGGUUUUCUCCUCUACGAGAUGCGGCCGCGGCCAGUUACCUAAGGAGGGGCCCCGCCGGGAGGGGCCGGGGGUCGGGCUCGGGCUGCGCCUCCUCGGGGCCUCGGGCUUGCGGCUCCGGCGGCGCGGGCCCAUGGCACGCCGCGGAGGGUGCCGGCGCCCGGCCCCACGGCUCCUGCUCGGGCGGCCGGGUCCGGGGGCGAAAGGCUGGCUUCUGGGGAGCCCAGAGAGCGCUGGGCCGCGAGCCUCACAGGAGCCGGUGCUUGGCCGCAGUCCGCGCCGCUCGCGUUCAAAUCGAUCGCUCCGCCCACUUCACCGCCGGCGUUUUUUAAAACCCGAAUCCAGCGACUUCCAGUGGCUGACUCUGGAACGCCCCUUACGUAGAGCGACUGCAGCAACGCAGAGACGGCUUUUAAAGACGAGGAAACAGACCCACAGAGAAUGUGACAACCCCAUGUCGUGUCUGCGACCCUCCCAGGAAUUAUCCACAAAUACACUCAGAAGCCAGUUCAACUGCGUGAACUUCAACUGCUGAUCCUUGGGGUCGCGGGGACGGCGGGA